AUGAUGCUGAAGGCGUGUGAGGUAAAGAAGGGCUUUGGAUUGUUCACUGCCUACUUCACCGCCUUUGACCGCCUCCUGGAGACCUACCUGCCGCGACUACGUGCACAUUUUGUGGCCUGUCGACUGGACUCGCGUCUCUACCUCUUUGAUUGGCUCUUCACCAUUUUCAGCCGAAGCCUCCCCAUAGAGGCGAAUCUUCGGGUGUGGGAUCUCUUCUUCCGUGAUGGCGAGUCUGCACUCAUCCUCGCUGCUCUUGGCAUAAUGCGAAUGUACGAGGAGAAGCUGCUGGUCAGCGACUUUGAUCAACUGGCUUCCUUUCUGACCGGACCGAUGCCUGCGGAUAUGUCUCCUGAGGAGUUAGCCAACGCUAUGCGCUCUUUUGGUCUACGGAAGCGGACGAUCAGGUCAGUGAUCGCCGGGAGCAGACGCGAGGCUCGAGCAGCUGAGGCAGGCAAUCAACCUGCGUCAUCAUUUGGAAAGAAACAGGCCUCUCCGGAUGCAGUUAGGUCCCCCAAAGCGUCGAACGCAUCUGCCCACUCCCCCGUCAACCAUACACAAUCUCCCACUUUUAGUCAACAUGAGAAUCUCCCCAGUGAAAAGAGCGGAGGCCAUUCCCUUUCCAACGGUUCAUCACGGUCCCUUUCUUCGGUAUCUCUCGAUUUGGGUGACGGGGGUGAAAUCUGGGACCUCAAUAUGGACGACCUGCGGCCUGCGAACGGUCUUCACAGAGUUGCCACCAUUGCCAACGACCUUGAGAGUGGCGCUAAACGUUCAAUUUCAGAGCCGUCGUCAGACAGGCUACGGAGAACAAGUGAAACUCCUGAACCGAGCUCUGGUAGAAACGGGAAGACCCCCUUCUUUACCCGUCUGAUGCUUCUACAACGACAAUCUUCGAUGGAGGAAUGGUCUUCCCUCGUACGUUCUGACUUCCCCCGCGGCGACAUCGAAGUGCCAGACGGUGCGUGUAGCAAGUUCUUGUUCACACACUAG